AUGGAUAUUUUCUGUUUCAAACAGAAUAUGAAGUUUUUAGAUAUAACAGGGUUGAAAGUGGACGAGAUUCGUCACAUAAAUUCUUGUCUGUCCGAUACCCCUAAAAGAAUCUCCUUGCCUUGGACACUCAAGAAGAAAUCUCCCCAAAAAAAAUUACACAGAAAACCAAAUGCAGCAGUCGAAUGUAAGAAGCCAUCAGACGUUGAUGAAGAAACACUGAUCUCACAGAACAAUGCUAUAUCUGUUGAUAAACCCACUCCUAAGACGGAUCAUUUCAUUCCCACACAAGUUUCUACAACGGCUGACAAAGAAACAGUUCCCUCCAAUGGAAUUGCGGAAGAACUUCGCAAUUCACCGAGUGCCCCAAUAUCGAACCUGAUCGAAAUGAUGCCUGUUAAAGUUGAAAAUAUUGUGGCAACAUCCUCGAACAAGAUUGAAGAAAUGAAGAAUAAGCCUGUGAAGGUCCAGACUUGUGAUGUGAAAGAAAACGGAGUCAAAUCAGAUGUUAAUGAACCUGUAAACGUAUGGGCGAAGAAAUCAUGGACGAGUCUCUUCAAGAAAGAAGAAGCCACGACAAAUGGAGAGUUAUGUGUUGAUCCAGCCACUCACAGACUAGCAGAAUUUCUAUCGAACUUCGAAAUUGAUGGAAAAAGUGCUAAUCUACAACCAAGAGGCUUAAUCAAUAGGAGCAAUUAUUGCUACAUCAAUUCGAUUUUACAAGCCUUGCUGGCCUGCCCACCUUUAUGCAAUCUGCUGAUAGGACUUUCGAAGAAUUUGACGGAGAAUGGACACGGCCUACCACCCAUCAUAAAGAACAUGUGCAAAUUCAUCAAUAAAUUCGAGAAGCUGCCCGAUUCCUACCUAAACCGUAUAUCGAAAAGGAACAAGAAGAAACGGGGGAGUUUCGACUUCUCCUGCGGCGACUCGAUCGAAGCCUCUUCGAUCUACACCAUCCUGAAUGGUACCAGAAGCGACUCGUUUCUUGUCGAGGGACGUCAAGAGGACGCUGAGGAAUUUUUGGGUCUACUGCUGAACGGACUGAAGGAAGAAAUGAUGAAUUUAAAAAUACAAACUUCCCCUACCUCCAAAUCAAGUAUUUCCUUCUCUUCUUUUAUUAUUCGAAUGUACGUGGUGUUUGGCAUAAGUUCACAUUAUUACAUUCAAAAUAUUAUUGCUUGUCGUAUCUCACAACUUUUUUUGUCCUUUCAGAUAAUCGAAUCCUGCAAAACUGAGAACAAAAUAGAAAUGAAUCACGACUCCGAAGACUGGAAACAAAUGGGACCAAAGAACAAGCGUAACAUCACGAGAAAGGUUCAAUUCGACAAAACUCCAAUCAGCGACAUAUUCGGCGGACUCUUGUGCUCAAAGAUCCACAAAACGGGAGAUGAAUCCACAGAAAACAUACAGCCGUUCCUGACUCUUCAGCUGAACAUCAGGACGGCCAAAACCAUCACGGAAGCCCUGGAACAGCUGACGAUAAAGAAUCAACUUGAAGGAUUAACUUCGGCCAAGACGAAUCAAAAGGUGGAAGCUAGGCAGCAGGUGCUGAUCGAGAAACUGCCGGCUGUUCUCGUCCUCCAUCUGGAAUGUUUCCGUUACAUUUGGAACGGUUGCACGAAGAUUAUGAAGAAGAUGGAGUUCCCCAUCGACCUCAAGGUUGAUUCCAAGAUCCUGUCGGGAAAACCUAGCAGUUCUUCAGAGAAACAGUACAAGCUUUUCGCUGUCGUUUACCAUGAAGGUAAAGAGGCCAGCAAGGGACACUAUGUGGCGGACGCGUUCCAUUCUGGACAUCAUACUUGGUUGAGGUUUGACGAUGCAAAAGUGAGCUCAGUGUCAGUGGAAAGUGUUUUAAAACCGCAUGGAGACAGAGUUCCUUAUCUUUUAUUUUAUAAAAGAGGUGAUAUAGUUUAAGGUGUAUAAACUGAACUAUAGAAUAAUAAAUUUGUACAUAUUAGCGAAAAGGAUCGACUAAAAUUGUUUUUUGUUAUUUUAUGAGUAAUGUAUUGUAAUUCUGAAAAAUUAUAAUUAUAUUUAUGAUGUUAUGUAAAUAUAUACU